AUGAACUACUUGCACCGGUACGUUCCGCCCAUCUACGUGGACCUGAACAUGCCCGCGACGCCGUCCAAACCCCUCGACGCCCGGCCACAGCCCCCGACCAUGAGCGCCUCCUCCUCCGCCUCUGCUGCUGCUGGGAACAGCGACCCCCGGCCCAGCUGCACCAACUCGCUCUUGCUCGACCUGCUCGAGUUCCCGCUCACGGCGCUCGAGGCGCAGUCGGAGCUGCUCAAGAGCGACUUUGAGCUGCCUGACAACGGCCACGACACGCCGCUCGGGGCGCAGCAGCAGCAGAUCUAUCCGCUCCCGAACGGCCACGAGCCCGGCCACGACCCGGCGCUGCUCAAGCUCAAGGCGAGUGGGGACCCCGAAGUCCAGGCCGAAGCCGAAGCGUUCCCCGCAGCAGUGUUCAGCAACACGACCAUACUGACGUCCCGGGCGUCGACCCGAAGCAGCGUCCGCGCGUCCGUUGCGCCCCCACAGCGCGGGGGCCGCACGUCGCAGUUCUCGGCGAAACAGCGGCGCGAACGGCACAAUGCCAACGAACGGCGCCGGACAAACGCCGCCAAAGGCCGUGUACGUGACAUGCGCGACGCAGUGGACGCGCUCCUGCGCGAGCGCAGCGACUUGACGGGCCAACGCGAUGCGCAGGCGCCGGUGCAGGAGGUGCUGCCCCACCGAAGACGACUGGAGACGGUCGUGCGGCCGAAGAGCGACGCGAAGAGCGACGUCGGCGGUCGGAUUCCAGGCAGCUCGACGUACUUGGACCUGGUCCAGGCGGUCGACGACCUCCGCAACGAGAAGCGCUACCUCGAAGAGCAACUCGACCAACUCGACUCGCAAAACAGUGCGCUGCAGGCCGUGCAGACAGAGCUACUGAUCGACGGCGCCGUGGCUUUGACCAGUGGGGACGUCGUCACCAAGAGCCGCAAGCGCAAGCGCGAGGACGUUGCGGCGGCGGAGGGGGAGAGUCCGUUCGCGGCUUGUAAAAAGCAGAGCAAGAUCGACAUUUUCGCGGGCGGGUACUGCAUGGAGACGGAAGCUGUGCCGUCGUUCCUCAAGGUGCUCUUUCCCAAGCCCAUGACGUCCGACGCCGCUUUCAACUGGGUCAAAGACAGCUACAGCGACAUUAUGCAGCUCAAGGCCCAGCAGAAACGCACAAAAGCGGCCGCGUCUUCGGUCCUCGGCUGGCGCGAAGACAAGCGACAAGUGACGAAGCAAACAGGACGGGACAGCGGCCAUUGCCUCGAGCUCAUGCUGACGAAGGACCUGCCGGGCAUUGUCUCGGGCGAGCUCGUGUUCAACACGUGGAAACUGCUGACGACGUUGGAAGGCUUUCGACAGCUCUUUCCAUUGACCAAAGACUUGGCUGUGCUCCAGACGAUCAACGACGACUGUGUGGUUGUCCGCGUGGGCGUCGCACCUGCACACGACGCUCCGGUUGUCCACAGCAUUGUCGUGCUGGCCCGUGGCCAGAUUGACGGUGGCUACCUCGUGAGCAUGCGGUCCGUGCCCUUGUCAGUGGGGCAGACAGCGUUCGCAGCGCAGGAGACGAGUUACUUGCCGGUGCUCGCGUGGUUCAUGCUGCUCGACAAGUUUGACGAGUUUGCGCAGCCCGUGUGCGAAGUGAUUGUCGGCACGUCGACGCAGCAUCAGGUGGAGCGUGUGUUGCACGGGUUCGCGACGGAAUUCGUGGCUGGGGUCGUGCGUUGGCAGGACGCUGUCGGUCAACUGGAGCAGUGGCAGUUUGAAUAA